AUGUAUCGCGUUUUGGUUAUAUUUUUAAUUUUCACUGCCACAGAAGGUUUUAGAUGUAGACACCAACCACGUCACUUUAGACACCCACGGCUGCACAAGCACUAUCACCAGUACCCUCGAUUGCCUAAUCACCGUAAUAUCGAACUAUUUGCCGACAUUUCCAGAAAAUUACGAGAUAUAGACAUCGCUCUUCACGACACGUGUAAGCAAAAUGAAAAUCGCACUAAAGAAAUAUAUGGAUCAAACUACGUUCUUAAAUAUAAUCUUCCUGAGUAUAAAAAUCCAAAUAUAAGUGUUAAAAUAAACAAUCGAGUUAUAUCUACUAUAGUAGAAGCGAAUGGAAAGAAAUUUGAAGAUGUUCGAAUUUUACCGGAAAUACUUAAACACAGUCAGGUGCUGUGGUUGUUUGACGACGAUGAACUAAAAGUAGUGAUUCCAUACAAAAAUAAUUUGGGGGAAGAGGUUCCUGUGCAAUGUAAGAGGAUAUACGGAGUUAUUGAUAUCCCAUCUAUUAAUGAAAUACUUAGCGGAGAGAAUAUUUCGCCAAACAGUGACAGUACUUCCAUUAUGCCAGAAACUUACGUA